GCACAUUAUUCUGUUUGGGUGUCCUUUGCAGAAAUUUAUAAUGAAAUUGUAUACGAUCUGUUAUCAAACGAGACUCAGAAAAAGAGAACACCCCUCAAAUUAGCUACAGAUGUACAGGGUAGGGCAUUCAUCAAAGGUCUUAAGGCUGUUUGCGUCAAUUCCGGUUCUGAAGCGUAUCAGGUUUUAAUGGCUGGACAGUAUAAUUUAAAAGUAGCUGCAACUGCUUUAAACGCAAGAAGCUCGAGAUCUCAUUGUAUAUUCACUAUUAAAUUAUUGAAGUACUAUGUUGAGAAUGAUUCCGAUUCUGUUGAAGUUAGCACAUUUGCCUUUUGUGAUUUAGCUGGUUCAGAACGUUUAAAGAAAACAUUAAAUAUCGGAGAUAGAUUGAAAGAAGCACAGAAUAUUAAUACAAGUCUGUUGGUAUUAGGAAGAUGUCUAAAAACAAUUCACGAUGGACAGUUGUCUAAACAAAAAAUAGAACAUGUCGGUCCAUUUAGAGAAUCAAAACUAACUAGGCUAUUUCAGAAAGCACUUUCUGGUAAAGAACAUAUAGCUCUGAUAGUGAACAUCAAUCCUUUACCGAACUUGUACAUAGAAACCCAGAAUGUUUUGAAUUUUUCUGCUAUUGCAAAGAAAAUAGUUAUAGAACAGAAACAAAAAAUACAGAAGAAGAAAUCAAGAUUUUCGCAGAUAGUAUCACAAAGUAUAAGAACAGUAACUGAUUGGGAUGCUACAGAAUUAGAAAGUGAAGAGUGGCACAACACGGCGGAUGAUGUUGUGUUCGGCUAUGUGCAAGCUGAAGAUUAUGAUGAGUUGGUGAAUGAAAACGAAAGUUUGAAAAAAGAAAUUGCUUUGAAGAGCUCUGCAUUAACUCGGGAUCUUCGGAUACGCCAAGAAAUGGCUGAUACUUACACAAUUAUGAUGAAAGAGAUUGAAGUGGAAUGGAAGAAACGUAUAAAAGACGUGGAGGAACAGCAAGAAGAUGUACUUCAAUGGUCUGUGAAACAAGUUGAAGAUUUCUAUAAGCAAAAACUGGAUCAACUUAGCUGUCGUAAGAGGAAGCGUCCGUCUAAUGCAGAGAACGACGCUGACGAUUUAAAAAAUAUGGAAGAGUUGGAAUGUGAAAAUUCUCGUUUAACAUCCAAGAUUGUAUUACUUAAGAGUAGCGUGAAAGAACUUAAAGAGUCAAAUCAGUCCUUGACUGUUGACAAGAAUAAAAUAAGUUUCGAAUUGGGCUUGAUAAAAGAGGACUUGAAAAACGUGAAGAAUUUGUUGAGCACAGCUCAGAAAGAUGUUUGUUUGGAUGCAGACUCAGAGUUUUACAUGGAGGAAUUAAAAUCUCAGUUAUUCGCGAAACAAGAACAAGUGAAGAAAUUAAAAGUAUUUUUGAAUGAAGCAAAGGAAGAGUACAUUGCAAUCACCACACAAGUAAGGGAGAAAGAAUAUGUCAUCAAGGAACAAGAAGAAGAAUUAUUUGAGAAACAAGAAAGAAUAGAUGAUUUAGAAGCAGAUUUGGAGAGUGUGAAUAUUUGUUUAACAGAGAAGACAAAAUCUGUAGAGGUACUGGAAGAAAAAUUAAUCAGAGACAGUAAAACACAACUUGAAGAAACGUUGAGAGAUAGUGAUAAUGUUAAAACUACAUUAGAGACUAAAAUCAGUGGUUACGAGGAACAAUUGAAUAAAUUUGAAAAGGAACUCUCACAUGUUAAGGAUAACUUGAAUAAAUCUGAAAAUGAACUUUCACAUGCUAAGAAUGAUUUGAAUAAAUCUGAAGAGGAACUUUCACACGUUAAGGAUGACUACAAUCAAUGUAUGGAAAAACUGAAUAUCCUACAAGCAGAUUUUAAUAGUCACAUCUCAAAGUGUAAAGACGAGCACGAAGAAACAAUAAGUAAGUUGCAGAAAGAUCUUUGUGUAGCGUUAGAGAGGAGUGAUAUUAAGUCGAAGUGUUUAGAUGUUCAUGCCGCGAAGAUCACUGAACUGGAGCACGAUCUCGAAACUAUAACAGACCUUCGGCAACAAAUUGAAGAAUUAAAUAAGAGUUUAGAAAUAUGUCAAGAUGAGAAAGAACAUUUGCAGAAGCUACUGGACGAGAAUAAUGAUAAGCUUCUAGAAUUUGAGGAUCGUUUAGAGCAUGCAAAGGAGAUACAAGAAGAAAAGGAUGCUGAAAUAAUGUUUCUUCAAGCGGAAUUAAAGCUUAUGAUCCCAAAAACCGACUCCGACGAUAGAAGCGAGAAACUCAUGGAGAUAGAGAUGAAGAAUAGAAUCAGAGACUUAACGGAGGCGAAAGAAGAACUUUCGCGAAAAGAUGAAUACAUUGAAAACUUGGAGAUGCGCGUGCAAACGUACGAGCAGAACGUGAAGGUUUUGGAACUCCUUCAACAAAGUGCUCAGGAGAGGCAAGCGGAAAAUGAAAGGUUAAGAAGCAGAAAUGAAGAAUUGAAGAAUAGUCUGACUGAGAAGGAGCGUGAAAUGGAAGCGUUUAUGAAGAACAGGGACGAGAUGGUGACAAAAUAUGAGAGUUUAGUAAAGAAUCAACAAGAGGAAUUGGAGAAACGGAAACAAAUGAUAACAAAGAAUUCCUCCAAGGAGAAAGAGUUAUUGGAAAACACGUCUGAUGACGAGGCAGUACCAAAAGAACGAAGAGCAAUGCGAGCGCCAAGGAAAUAUUCUCCUACGCCAAAUGAAUCAGUGAUCGAGCUCUCUGGUUCCGAGUCUAAACGAAGUGCAAAACGUACUGUCCGUCCUCCUACUACAGAAACAUCAUCGGAGAGAAAAAGGAACACUCGUAAAAAGAAAUUAUAUUUGACAGCCGACGAAUCUUGUCAAGAUAUUGAACCACUCGAGAGCACGGUAACGAUCACACCGGGAAAGAUACCACCUCGCAGUUUAAGAACCAGACGAAAAUGAUGAAUUGUACAUAGAACAUGUCGAGUUAGAAUAAGUUAUGGCAAAUGAUUGUUACUCUCAAGAAA